GUUACUUAUUAGUACAAGUAAAUACUUGUUUCAGAUGAUUGAUGUACACAGUUUUUAUUGCGUUGUGUAAAACCUAAUUGCAUACUGGAAAGUAAUAUGAGUGUGAUGGAAGUACAAUAAUCUAAAGAUGGGCGAGGAAUGCUUUCAAUACACAAUAGUAGAAGAUCUGGCUUUACCUGAGGAAUUACAGUCCUUUGUGUGUAAACAGUGCAAUGAGUUCUUUCUAAGUGAGGAAGAGUUUCAAAACCAUACAGCAAAUCAGUGUUUUAGAUUUGAAAGCAAUCAACAACAAAAGAAUGAAACAAUAACCAAUACCAGUGGUGAAAAUGGUUGCAGCCCACUAACUGAUUGAUUUAUAUAAAAAUGUGGAGCCAUUGCCAGGUUUGAAAUGCUUUAAGGAUAACAAUCAAAAUAUUCUCAAUGAAGAAACCAGUAAUUUUCAAGAUAGGGAGUUAUCCUUUGUGGAAAGUAAUCUCAGCUCUGAGGUGGGACCCUUUCGUUGUAUCAUGUGUGAGCAAAUCUUUCAGAGUAGAUUACAGUAUAGCUCUCACAUGAGUAGUCAUACUGGUGAAAAGGCACACCAGUGUGAAAUAUGUCUGGUCAAGUUUGAUUUCAAGUCUGCUUUGACCAUGCAUUUAAAAAGAAAGCAUAAUAUUUGUAAAUCAGAGUUCAAAUGCAAUUUAUGUGAGAAGACAUUUUAUAGUUCAGCUGAAUCCAAUAAACAUAUCAAAUCACACUCAUCAACCGGUUCCAAUUUCACUGUCUGUGGGCAGACAUCUGGGAAAAAGAAGGACAUUGUGACCCAUAUGUUAACUCAUGUGACAACAGAUCAGACACCUGAUCAUGCCCAAUCACAUAAUGAGAUGCAGCGCUUGCCUUAUUUGCUUGAACUAAAGAACGUGUUUCAAACGUGUGGCCUUUUUCAGUGCUUUCAAUGCAAACUUUUAUUCCCAGCACUGAGUGUUCUGGAAAAGCAUACACUUAAUGAGCAUGGUAUUGAUACAUCUGAAAUCCAUGCAAAUCUCGUACUAAAUGUUGAAACCUUCAGUGAAAGAAAUGAUUCUGCUGCUGUUGCUGCUGACAUAAACGAGGAACUUGAGUCAAAUAAUGCAAAUCCUGUUGUAACAGCCAGCGGAAGCAAAGAAUCUGUGGCUAUUGCUAUAGAUGUGAACCAAAGUUCAGAAUUUCAGAUAAAUAACACAAAUCUUGCGGUAACUUCAAGCGAAACUGUAAAACCUUCUGAAAAUUUUUAUAGAAGCUCAGCACUUCUGUUUCAAAACACAAAUCCCAUUAUUUUUACACUGACACCAAGUAAUGGAACAGUUGAAUAUCAAACUCAAUCAUUGAUCAACAUUCCUAUUCUUUUAACAAUGCAGCCAACUGAUCAUGUUGUAACCAAUGGUGAAAAUGUAUCAAUGUCACCUCCUCUUAAUGAAUGGAAGCCUUCUGCUGAAGACUUACACAGUGAUGCUGAAAUGGCGGAGGACACUGAGCGGACGUGUCCUAUUUGCAAGAAGACCAUCAGUUCCCGUAGCAACCUGCGGGUGCACAUGAUGAUCCAUACUCGGGAGCAGCCCCAUACCUGCCCUUAUCCCGGUUGUGGAAAAAAGUUUACACAGCGGUCACCACUUCAGCGACACAUGGCGAUCCAUUCUGGAGAAAAGCCCUGGCGAUGUGAUACCUGUGGUAAGUCCUUCACCCGGCAAGACGACCUUGUCACCCAUAUCCGUGUUCACACCGGGGAAAAACCCUACAAGUGUCAGGAGUGCGGGAAGAACUUUUCACAGCGUGGCUCUCUCCUUACACACCAGAAGAUGCAUGCAAAGCACAGGGACCUGGCCGAAAAAAACAAAAUUGCUCCAGGAAUGGUAUCUUGUUAUGCCAGCUAUCCUCUUGCCAGAAAUUAUAAAAGAACUUGAACACCAUGAGUCAAUUUACUUUUAUCUGUUAUCAUGAACUAAUUUUAUUUGUUCAGCGGCCAAAAUACUCCUUUCAUUAGUUAUUUUCUAUCUGCAUACUUAAGAAAUUAUCUGUCUGAUAGAAAAUUUUUAAUUGAAUUCAACUCAAUACACCUAUAUGAUUUAAAAAUGUACUAGUAAGAGUUUGCUACAGUUUUCCUUUAAUUUUAUAUGAGUAACACUUAGCUUGCAUUUAAAAGCAGGAGUUGGCAUUAAUUAAAAUAAAUGUUUUAAGAGAUUGUAAGGCGUUAAGUUAAUGGUAAUUUGGACUAAACAUUUGAACAUAUAUUUACACAUUAUCUUGCAAUGCAACCAUUUACUCUGCAUUUGGAAUAAAACAUUGAAGAAAUGGGUCAAAUAUAGGUUUUGUAACUGAGCAUGCAACUUCUCAUACAUAAUAUAUUUAUCCAUUGCCCCUGUGCUUCACUAAAACUCUUACAUUUGAGCUGCUCCUGGAAAAAAUGGCUUAUUGCAUGUGUGCAAAUUAAGAACAGCAAUGGCUUAUCUGGGAACAAACAAACUGAACAAGCAUUAAGCCCCAUUUUCCCAGAGAAAAGUUUAAUUGAAAUCAACAAAAAUGACUUUUUACAAGAGUUAUUCUGAUAUUGUAUCGCUUUGUAAUGUUGGAAUAAUUAGCUCGGCUGUUUUUGGAGAAAACCCGAGGUAUUGUCAUAGCCAGAUUGUCGUGUCGUGUCUGCCGUCUGCGCCGUGCUAAAACCUUAACAUUUUGUAAAGGUUUUGAACAUUGGCUCUAAAAUCAUAGUGCUUCAGCCUACAACUUUGAAACUUCAUAUGUAGCUGCACCUUGAUGAGUUCUACAUGCCACAUCCAUUUUUGGGUCACUAGGUCAAAGGUCAAGGUCACUGUGACCUCUAAAAAAAAAUCUGACAAGCUUUCAUCUAUUAAACACUGCACCCGCAGCCGAGCGUGGCACCCGUUAUGCGGUGCUCUUGUUUUAUAUCGUGGAAUGGGUUUGUGAGAUAUUGUACAUGUAUUUCUUUUUGUCUUUUCAAUGACUUUAACCAAACUGAUAUGUGUUCAAAAUGGGCAACUAUGACCAUGAAAAGUUUCCAUGAAGUAUAAUAAUUCUAGAUCUCAGCUAAAUGGCCAAUGAAUUUUUAAGUUGUAUUUGAACUUUGAUUAUAUUGCAUUAUUUCUAUUAAGAUCAAAUUCCAUGUGAUUCUUUUAAAUGUUUAAUUUUUCAAGUCGUGUUUUAUAAAGAUCUGAGUUAAAUUUAUUUAUUUAUUAAAAAUGUUUAAAAAUAUACCAUAGUACGAUUUUUCUGUGUUUUUAUGUUUAUCGUGAUUUACUUAUCAUAUUUUGUCUUUCGUAAUUUUACCUCAUAUCUUUCAUAAGUUAAGCUGCGUACAUGUCUUUGUACAUGUACAUACACAUUCGAUUACAUGGAUCUAUGUUAAAUGUUAAUGCAUAUCAGGUGUUUACUUCAGUUUAAGUGUUGCUGAAUUACCAUAUGCAAUAUGCUUUUUGUUUAAGUUACAUUUUAUUUGUGUUUGUUAUUGAUAAUUGUUAUUGAUUAAGUCAUGGUUGUUAAUUAUUAGUGUUUGUACUACAGAUAUUCAAAUGAAAUGUUGCACAUGUGUUUGGGGUCAUUUAUGAGGUCACUAACCAAGUUCCAUCAAUCUGAGCUGAAAUUGAAUAGAAUUAUGUCCCGUUGUGUGUAUAGAGUACUGGUUUAGGUGAAUGUGCAACAAAUCCAUAUCACUGAUUCUACUACAUAUAUUCAAUAGAAACUGCAACCAUGUAUUCAGAGUAAUUUUUUUUAGUCAGCGAUCAUGUUUCAUUAGUCUGAGCCACAAUUUAGCAGAAUUAUGCAUGUGUGUUGAAUUUACUAAAUUUGUUAGGUAAAUGUGCAAAGCUUAUCAUAUUUUAAAUUGUAUCCAGUAAUAUAAUUAUCCAAUUAUACUGCACGCAAUAUUAUAAUUAUGUUUGAUGAUUGGCAUUUUAAAUUGUUAGGUUAUUAUAUUUUUGUCAUUUGCCAAUAUAUACGUCAAGCACUCUAUAGACUACAGAUAUGAUCAAUCAUCAUUAAGCAUGCUCAGAAUUUUACAGAAACUUUGUUCAAAUGAACAGAAAGGUUCACACGGUUGGUGUCAACGAGACUGUCUAAAAUAAAUAAGCUUUUCUAUAGGUAAAUUGGUUGGUUUCCGUUUUAAUUGUCUUUAUGAUUCCUGUAUGUCGAGUGAGUUUAAUAAUGAUAUGGCUCCUAAGGGACGUGUGAAUAAAUGGACUGUUUUCCUACUUAUUAGCUGUAUAGACUUUAAAAUUAUAGCUUGAUAAGUGCAAAAUUUGACAUCAUUUAGUAAAUAAUUAACAGGCAUUAUGGCACGGUAAAGGUUUGUUAUUAAAAAUUGCAAAAUAUGUGCCUAUCAAAAUUUGCCAAUAAGCUAUUAAUGUAGGAAUCUGUAACUAAAUGCGUCAGUUGUCUGUACAUGUUCAUCAUGAUUUAAUGUGAACUUUAUUCACGCAUGUUGUAAUUUAACAAAUGAUUUAAAAAAGAUUGCGUUGUCAGAUGACCUGAUAUACGAACAUGUCAUUUCAUUGGUCUCUUAUCACAAGAUAGAAAAAAAAGUUCAUAAAAUUGAUGACAUUGACUUUAAAUUGACAUUCCAAAUUUGGUAUUCAUGAUCUGUUAUGUAAGAUUUAUAAUUACAUAUACUGGUUCUUCUAUUUAUGUCCACUUUUGUUAUACAUAUUUAAACAGUUGAGUUAAUUUUUAUUUUGUCACGGUCAUUUUACAAAACACCUGUGUUUUAUAUUCUGUUGUUUAUGUUAUAUUAUAAUGUGGAAAGCCUGUUGUAUUGUUUAUUUUUUGUUGUUUAUGUCAUAUUUUAAUGUUAAAGCAUGGUGUUGUAUAGUUUAUUACCUGUUAUUUAUUUCAUAAUAAUGAUUUUAAGAGCGAAAUUUCUAUUGUAUAUUCAGUCCGUGUUAAUCAUUCAUGUAUCCGUGUAUGCGUAUAGCAUGCGGCACUUAAUGUAAUAAAUACCUUCACAAUAUA